CGAGUGGAAAUACGUCCCCCGACACUGAUGGGAAGCGCCGCCCCUGCAGCGGUCGGGAAUGGUCAUUUGGCGCAGUCCGACCGGGGCUACUCGGAUGGACCAUUCGUAGCAUUUUUCAUGCCCCCUUUUUUGGCAAAUUAUUUUUUUUUUCUGUUUAAUUACUAUGCAGCAAAUCCGGCAGGAGUCGGACAAGUGGCUGUUUGGGUACAUGGGUGGGUGCCCUCGUGGUUCACGAUUAGGGGUGGAGGAAACGCCAUCAUGAUAGCUCCGAAUGCUGCCCAUUGGGGUAAAUGAUUGGAUACAAAUGCUCCAACCAAAGAGAGCCUCACGGUGCUGUCAGUCUGGACUGAAUUCAGGAAGGGACUGCGGAAGAUUCCAUUCCAGGAUCCGCUGUCGUCAACGACAGUUUAGCUUUCACAGCCGCAUUUCCACGUGUAUUGUUUCCAGAGUAUGCAGUGCAGUUGCCAGUCACAAAUCUUCCAUAGAGGGGAUUGACGAAGACAAACAGCAGGGAGGGGGGAAAAAAAGAAAAGGCAAAGAAAAGAAAAGGACAAGACCAGGAUCAAUCAAAAACCGCAAACGAACUUGGAAUGAAGGGAGAUUUUUUGCGCGAAGUGCAAGCAAAGGCCAAAUCAGCCUCAGCGCCAUCGCCCCAGGCAGUGCUGCUAAGAAAGCCAAAAAUGCAUUAGUUCGGGAUGCACGACCAGUCCGUCGUACCCACAAUCCACGGGGACAGGCUCGUGGGGAAAGGAAGCCUUAUCGAGCCCAUCAGCGUUCUGCUCCCCAUUGUAAAUGCAAGCGAACCAUUCCAGGCAUCGAACGAUGAUGGAGUCGUCUGCAGGGGAUGGCUAGAAAGGGCAGGAUCAGAUGUCCAUCGUUACCGCUCAGUGGCUGACAGUUUGGGGCGCUUUUGCC